AAAAAACACAUCAAAUCGGAAUCUCCCACAGCCCGAUCGUAUAUAAUUAGUUGCACAAUCCGGGCAUAGCGCAAGUGUCAUACGAGCCGCACGUCCCUCCCGUAGAAGAACGAUGGCUUCUGGACCUCUGAAUGUCUUUAAGCAACCCCUUAGGCUAUUCUCUCGCCAGCCCGUGACCGGCUUCUUCCGCGACGGCUACUGUCGCACCGGAGGCGGCAUCGACCCGGGGAACCACGCCGUGGCCGGGAUUGUCACGGACGAGUUCCUCGACUAUUCGGCCUCCCGGGGCAACGACCUGAGGUCUAUCGGGCUCAAGGGCGGCUGCAAGUGGUGUCUGUGCACGGCCCGGUGGCUCGAGGCCUACCAGGCGUACCGCACCGGCAAGGUCACCAUGUUGGGCGUCCCACGGGUAGAUAUGGAUGCCACCGAAGACAGUGCGUUAAGUACGGUUGACUUGGACACCUUCAGGCAGUUUGCUGUCAGGCAUGAUCAGUCGAACGUAAUUGGAGGUGGCAAUGGUAGUGGAAAUGGUAAUUGAUUCCACUUCUUCAAUGUUGGGUUUCGAUUCAAGGGAUAUAUGUAAGUCAUUAGGUAGAAUGCUGGAAU